CAGGAUUGUAGAUAGGAGUCUAAAAAAGGGGCACUCUCCGCGAGCUUCUCUCGCCUCUCUCGGUGCCAGGGAAACACGCACGGUCACGGGGAAGCGCACACGCACAGAGAGACCACUUUUUCUUGAAACUAAAGACACACGACGUGGCCUUCUCGCCAGAGCCGUACCCCUCACAGCUGAUUUCUAAGAAGUGCCCAUAAACCCCCGGCAUCGCGGCGUCCCCCGUCUACUCCCCCCGCACUGCACCGCCCUCACAGCCCUGCGUGACCGAGCCCUGGCUCCGCCGAGGGCCGGCUCUUCCUGCCGUGCCGCGCCGCGCGUUAUUCACGGCGCGGGGCGGGCCGGCGACCGCAGCACUAUAUAGAGCGUACGGACAGUACGGGGGACAGCUGGGUGCCGAGUGGCGGGCAGUGAAGUAGGGCAGCGCGGCUGGCAGGCAGCACGGGGAAUAAAACGAAGGGAACCUCGCUUUUUCUUUCCCCCAUCCCAUUUUUUCCCUUCUCGGUACUAUCUUCUUUUCUGAAAUGUUUUUGGACUACAUUUUCUUCUGACCGUCUGGGCUUCGCUUUUUUUUUUUUUCUUUUUUUUUUUUUUUUUUUUUUGUUUUUGUUUUUAAUUUAACUUUUGCAAAGGGUGGUGGUUUGUUUUUUUUUUUUUUUUAGUUUUUGUUAGUUUUGUUUUGUUUUUCUUCCUGAAUGUUGUGUGUGGCAAAAAAAGAGAAAAGUUACUGUCGAGCCAAGUAAUUCAGGCGCUCUGCAGGGAGGAGGGGGGAGGGGGGAGAAAAGUAGGAAAAAGUUGCUUUUGUUGCUAGUGAGCUUUUGCUGCCUUGAUGUGACUACGGGCAAGCGACUGCAGACAGGGCCGGCGUGCUAUUCCCGGCAGCGCGGCUUCCCGCCUCCUCACGCCGGGAGGCUUGCGAGCGGUCGGCGGCUCCGCUCCCCCUCGGAGGCGGCUCGGGCUGCGCCACUCCGCUCCCUCGGCGGCGUGUGAGCCCGCGCGGCGUUCUCCCGUCCCGGGCCCGCGCGGGGGCGGCUCCCGGCGGCCCCUCCGCCGGUUGCCAUGGUGCCGCGGCCCGGCGUGCUGUGGGCAGUUGCGGCGGCGGCGCUGGCGCUGCUGGUCCGGCGGGCGGCGGCGGCGCUGGCGGGGCCGGUGGUCCGCUGCGAGCCUUGCGACGCGCGGGCGCUGCAGCAGUGCAAGCCCCUGCAGCCCGACUGCGCCGAACGGGUGCGGGAGCCGGGUUGCGGCUGCUGCCUCACCUGCGCCCUGCUCCCGGGGCAGCCCUGCGGCAUCUACACAGAACGCUGCGGCGCGGGGCUUAGCUGCCAGCCGCGGCGGGAAGAGGCGCGGCCGCUGCAGGCGCUGCUCGAGGGCCGAGGGCUCUGCACCAACGCUACGGCGGGCAGCAAGCUACGGGCCUUCCUGCUGCCGGGACUACACGCUGCAGGAAAUUUCAGUGAUUCAGAAGAAGACAGGAGUACCAGCAGCGUAGAAAAUCAGGCCAUUCCAAACUCUCACAGGGUGCCGGAUUCCAAGUCACAUCCACCACACAUCAAAAUAGAUAUCAUAAGGAAAGUGCAAGCCAAAGAUACACAACGCUAUAAGGUUGAAUAUGAUUCGCAGAGUAUGGAUACAUUGAAUUUCUCUUCUGAAUCCAAACAAGAGACUGAAUAUGGUCCAUGUCGUAGAGAAAUGGAAGACACUUUAAACCACCUAAAGAUCCUGAAUGUCUUGAGUCCCAGGGGCUUUCAUAUUCCAAAUUGUGACAAGAAGGGAUUCUACAAGAAAAAGCAAUGUCGCCCAUCCAAAGGCCGAAAAAGAGGUUAUUGCUGGUGUGUGGACAAAUAUGGACAGCCACUUCCUGGGUAUGAUGGGAAGGGAAAAGGAGAUGUCCACUGCUAUAACUUGGAAAGCAAAUGAGGGCUGAGUGCCCGCUCUUCUGGCAUCUGUGCAUGGCCACUGGACCUCACAGAGACCUUGGAGGGGCGGGGCAAACACUGUGGGACUACACUGUCUGUGGAGUAACAAGCUCUGCUUCCUGCAGCAGAUGGGGAGUUGCAGUCGCUGUGGAUGCUGCUGCAGCUGCACCCUGCCACCAACACACAUCGAGCUUCCUAUGGGAUGUAUAGGGAGCUCUGAACUCCUAUGUAAACCUGCACUAUUGAUACCCAGAGAGAGAAAAAAAAAGGCACUUCAGAAUGGAAUCAGGGAGUCUCCACUGACUUUUUAAAGAAUGGCCUGUGACCAAUUUGAUCCCAAAAGAUACUGAGUUUUUUAUUUUAAAGAAUUUAUAGCCGUUAAGCUUGUAAAAGUAUUAAAAAGAAAAACAAAACUAGAAAACCCGCAAGGAUUGAAAGGUAAAGCUUUUUUUACAGGUCUGAUGGGAAACUUGUCUUCACGGGUAAAAAGUUUUAUAAAAAUCUCAAAAGAACUUUUUAAAGAAAUGUAUUUCUAAGAUAAAGACAUGGCUAUUUUUUUCUGUAAAAUAUAUUAUGAAUAUUCUGUUAGUCUGUAUUUAAGAUAAUUGUUUUUAAUAAACUUUAUUUAAAUGUAAUAUGUGAAUACCAAAUAUUACACAGUAAUUCUAGUGUAUACAUCUGUAUGCAAAGAGAAAGUAAGGUUAUGGAAUGAUUUACAAAUACGUUUAAGUCUCUAUGCAUGCACAUUACCUGACCUGUUCUAGGUAAGAGAAAUGAAUUUUUGGAGCAAAGGAAGUGUUUCCAGAAGGGAUUGAGUUUUAUUAUUUGAUAUAACUACAAAUGCCAAGAUAAUAUUUUUUUUAAUUAUUUUAUUGAUAAUUCUAAUGUACCCAUCACUGAAUUAUGCCACUGAAAAGGAUAACAGUCGCACUGAAGCUCUUGGUAAAGCUUUCUUCUGUCUGUACGUUGCUUCAGUUUGUGCAACAGGGCUUACAUUUCCUCCAUUUACUGCUCACACUAAUACAGAAUAGUCAUGGACAAAAAAUUGCCAUUACAGUACUACUCUUUGUAUUUGCUUAUUUAUUUUGAAAAGGUGUAUCUGUUCUGUGGUGUCUUGGUACAUGCUACCAAAGCACUUACUCUGUAUGAGGAACUCCUGUUGAAAACAAUGUCAACAAGAUGGGGGGAUUGUGGACCCUGGGUGUUGAGACCCAUGCGUUUCAUUUAUGCGACACACAAUUGUUGCUUGCUUUGACUAUGGUAGAAAUCAUUCGCCUGCAUCUAAGCAUAGAAAAAGAACCAUUGGGUUUAAAUAGUUAAAUUCAGUGUCUGUUAUGGUGUUAUAUGUCUUUUUAAUUGGAAGAGAAGCGAUUUGGUUUUGUUGUGGUAUGUGAUGCUUUCACAUAAGGAAGGCUUUGGCAACUUUUUUUUUUUUGGGCUGAUUGUCUAAUGUACUUUGUGAAAAAUUUUGUAUGACAAUGAAAUCUGGAUAAGGAAAGGUGGCCUGUGAAAUGUAUCAUCUCUGGAAAAUAA